AUGCCCAGAAAACCCACGCCGGCAGCCAAGCAGCGCGUGCGGACGGGUUGUUUGACGUGUCGCAGGCGCAGGAGAAAAUGUGAUGAGCAAAAGCCACGAUGUGCAAACUGUGAGGUUAAGGGGUUUGCUUGUAAAUACGGGGCUGAUUUGGCGUUUGUUUCGUCGAGGGCUGGUCCGCAUGGGUCGGGGGUCGGGCAGGGGUAUAGCUCUAUCACGUUUGUUGAUGACUCCCCUCUUGCAGCUGGUAGCAAAGAUAAAUCGAAGGAGCAGCAGAAUCGCCCGGAUGAGGUUCAUGGCAAUGCUGAGUUCACCGAGGGCCUGCAGCCUUCUGGUGGGAGCCAGGAUGAUACAGACGAUGGUCGAGCCUUUGAAUUUGAGAACAUAUUAACGACGAAUGCGCCGAUUGUUGAUUUUUCAGAACCUCCGAUUGCAUUUGUUGGAGGACGAAGCACUCCAGAUGCUCGACUUAUGACUAGUCCUCCCUAUUUUGGACAUGCGGGUUCUGUUGCUAGUGCUCCGACUAUCGAGCGUCAAGGAAUUUUUGCCAAUGGAAACCAAGAAACCGAUCUGCUGCGACAUUUCCGGUAUUAUGUCGGUCCGUGGAUUGACACUGGAGAUCCUGAGCUCCCAUUCGGUCUUCAAGUGUUGCUUCUUUCGCGGACAAACCGGGCUUUGCAAGCUGCGGUACUUUCACUCUCUGCUGGACAGAGAUUGCUUCUGCCACUGGCGACCAGUGAAGAUGUUGAGAGUAGUCGGCUGUUCCGACGAAAGGCGAAAGAGAGUCUUGCAGUUGAGCCUGAUUUGGCUAGAAAUGCUGGUCAAACACUAUUGAUGCUUCAGGAUGUCCUACCUGCUGGACCACAGCAGUGGAGAAACAUUCUCAUGCAUAGUAUGGAAAAAGGAUGUGAUUUUUCAUCGAAGACCAGCUUAGGAGAAGAGGUUGGAGAAGCAUUGCUGUGGCUUCACUUUCGACUCGAUCUUGCAGGUUGCAUUACCUCUUCCAAACCACCACUCAUCCCUUUCCGAUCACUACUCCGACGCGACGGCACAUUAAUCCACCACCCGCAAUCCCAAAUCCAACCCCAAACCGUCAACCGCGUAUACAAAAAUAUUCUAUGUCUACUCGGACAUUGCUUAUCUCUGAUCUAUGGAGACUUCGAAAUGCCAUCUCGGCAAGCAACGGCUCCGGAACCCGCAUUCCCCUCACUACGACAAUCACACUUCCUCUCCGAAUGGACAUUCCUUUGGACGGACUGCCAAAAAUGGUACAAUGAACGACCAGUAGAUGUCCAACAGAUUGUGGAUAUCCGUGGUGGAGAGGCCGAUCAAAUUGAUCCUGACCACAACUCGUCAUUUCCGAUUCUCAUCUACACGACACCAAUGGCGCUGGUCGCUAAUGUUGUCUAUCAUAUGACAUCUCUGCUACUGUUGACUCACAAGCCACGGCUUCUGAAAUCUCUUCCAGGGCCUAGGUGUUAUACCUCGCAUAUCUGGCACGCGCAAUCAAUAGCUGGAGUUGCAGCAAGCAAUGACUCACCGGAACAAUGGGAUCCAAUUCUGGUUGCAAGUCUUCUCAUUAUUGCCCGUGAUAUGACACAUGAGUCGCAACAAGCUGUUCUUUUGGAGCGGUUAGCCAGGAUCACUGGCACGACGGGAAUCAAGCUGGACCAUGAGACUGAAGCUCUUCAAGCAACGUGGAACAUGGCACGAUACGAGGAGGAAUUUGAUGAUGAAACUGAUGUUUGA